GUGUGGGAAUAGUGGGAACUUGGUGCCCAGCUGACGAGGAAAACAAUGAAUAUUCUCGGAAGAAUCGCUCGUCCAGGGAGUUUCCCUGUGAAAUACCUGGCAAAUUACUCACAAUUCUACUGCACGGCCCCGCCAGUAUCGCAGCAAAUCGAUAAAAUGGUGAGAAAAAGCAAAGUUGUGGUGUUUAUGAAGGGAAAUCCCGAGGCUCCGCGGUGCGGCUUCAGCAAUGCUGUGGUUCAGGUCAUGAGGAUGCACGCAGUUCCCUACGAUAGCUACGAUGUCCUGUCGGACGAGAGUCUGCGGCAAGGAAUCAAAGACUUCAGUAACUGGCCGACAAUUCCGCAAGUCUUCAUCGAUGGAGAAUUCGUGGGAGGAUGCGACAUUAUGCUGCAGAUGCACCAGAACGGCGAGCUGAUUGAGGAGCUGAAGAAAGUGGGCAUCAGGAGUGCCUUGCUGGACGCACAGCCCGAGACUGAUGACACGAAGAAGUAAUCUGUAAUUGAUAGUUGAUUUUUUCGUAUAAAUAGCCUUAGCGCAUCCUGUUGAAAGUCUGCUGAUGAAGACGCGUGAGGAUGGCGUUCCUCAGAUUGUCCGCUC